AGUCCAAGGUCGCUCCACCCUCGUGGUGAUGGAGAUUAGUGAUUCCGUUUCUUACCUAUAAUUCUCGUAUUAUGGAGCCUCGUAAUCAUAAUGCGUGUAAUCGCCUUCGACGUUAACCUGUUUUGUAAUGCUUGGACCUGUUGGUGUUACUAACCCAACAGAAACAUAUCAGAGGCAACUUCUAAAUUGUUCUCGCAUCCCUGCAUCAUUUUCGGCGUAUCCUAAUAUAUUAAAUCAGUUUGAGAAAGCAUUGGUAAGGUUUGAAGAACUACCGAAUGCACAGCCCUUAAAGUGCUCUACCCUGAUACCACCACUCGGAACUCCGCUUAUCUUUAGAGGCCCUGUUCUUGCAGUCGCAAACUCUGUCAUUUCUCCGGGUUGCCGUGGAACACUGCAAACCUUGAACAAUGGGUUUGGUUAUCAGUCGCAUCUCUGGCAACGACUACGUGCUCCUGAAAAGUCAUUAGGGUUUGGGGCAUUUGGCGUUGUUUGGCUGGUUGUUGAUCCACGCACAGGUGAACAGGCUGCUCUUAAAAGAAUCCCAAGUGUAUUCGAGAGCACCAUGUCUGCCAAGCGAGCUUACAGGGAACUGAAGGUAUUGUUUUCUAUGAGACAUGAGAAUAUCGUUCGCCUGAUAGAUGUCGUGAAAGUCACCAGUUUCUCCGCCUUCAAUGAAAUUUCUAUCCUUUGCGAGUACAUGGACACUGAUCUACACAAAAUAAUUGCAUCUAGCCAGUACUUGUCAUUAGAACAUACCAAAUUAUUUGUCUACCAGAUACUAAGAGGUCUGAAAUAUCUACAUUCUGCGGGUGUUAUUCACCGAGAUCUAAAGCCUGGGAACCUCUUGGUCAAUGCUGACUGCUUAUUAAAGAUUUGUGAUUUCGGUCUGGCUCGUUCUGUACCAUCUGUUGAUACUGAAGUCUCCUGCAAUCCUUUGACUCUUGAAGUUGUCACUCAGUUCUAUAGACCACCGGAGUUGCUGUUAGGAUCGAGUUUUUAUACAUCUGCUGUUGACCUGUGGAGUGUUGGUUGUAUAUUGGGUGAACUCCUGUGUCGUCGAAUUCUUUUUCAGUCCUCUAGCUCCUUUCGUCAACUGGACAUGAUAUUUGACCUUUUGGGCUCGCCAACCACAAUGGAAUUGGUUGACUUAAUCGGUUUCCCAUCCUCCAGCAUAGAUUUCAUUUUCCAGCGUCCAAUACGGCCAUUAAAUCAUGCUGCUCUUUCACGUUUACUUGUUCCAGCUAAUACUCAGUAUUUUCAGUCAUCUACUAGAUGUCUUCCGGAUCCCGAUUUGGUUGCUUUGUUUACACGACUGCUAAGUUUUGGUGCGUCCAAGCGGUUAACAGCUGAACAAGCGCUUAAUUCACCGUUUCUGGCUGGUGGUAGGACUCGAUUUCAUACAUUUUUAUGCCAUUGUUGUCCACCUCGUAAUCGAAGUUCAUUUAUCAGUGAAGCACCUCCUCAAUGGCAUAAUUUUAUACAACAUCAUAACCAUCAUCUUAUUACUCUUGGUUCAGCUGGUAAUAUGUCAUCAUCUGGUGGUACUCCGCCAUCACCGCUUAAUUCGUCGAUUAUAUCAAGUAGAAAUCUGACAUUUCACAUCCCAUUACUAUUAUCACCUCAACUAACAUUACCCACCACUACACUUGUUCCCCACAAGCAUAUUGAUCUAGAGCCAACUUAUCAAAGUAUACAUGAGUUCACUUAUUUGAAUACUGAAAUAGAAAUGAGCAGUUUGAUUGAAGCUAAACAAAUACUAUGGAAUCUUAUUCAAGAGUAUUUUCAAAGAGAUCCUCAUCGUACUCGGGUGAUAAUCAACAAUUCUUCACCUAAUUUUGAAUCAUUCAUUAAGUAAGUAUUACUUUUUUUUCAAUUCAUUUGUGUUUUUCUCAUAUUUUCAAUUACAGUUUGUAAGGGACCCAGUAAAUUUAAGGCAAUUCUAGUCUCUAAACCUGAAAGCACUGGACAGCUGGUUUUUCCUAUUAUGGGGAUCCUCAGUAGUGCGCACCCAUGACCUUCGGGUUCUGCUGCCAACAGGUUACUGUUGGACAAGUGUUGUAUAUGCCGAACCACCGCCUACCUAGAUGCUGGGGGAAUUUGGAUUACGUUGGAGGGCUCAGGGUGGCUAGAUCUUGAUGUGACUUCAAUGAAUGAGGUUUCUUACUGUUGAUCUGAGGUGUGUAGGAAGUUAUAAAUUACUUGAUUAAGGUCCUCAAGACGAUAAAACGUAGUGGUUGGAGAGCCUAUAUAGAAAGCUUAUAAAGUUAGCUGUUUUCACCACUGAGUAAAUUCAUUCCACUAAUUUGUAUAAAUGUAUUAAAAUUUUAUCACUUUCAGUGAAUGCAAACCAUUCAAGUAAUUGAGUUGUUUCUUCCCUGAAUUACAAAAAGACAUCUAAUUGAAAAAAAAUAUUGUUAACUUACAUAUCUUCCCUGAAUAUAAUUGGCUUAUAAUGUUGUUUCCUUUCAAAGUGAAAUAGUACGUUUGCCUUGAGCGAAGGAGUUGUAAUCUUGUGUUUAUGUCUUUUUCUGCAUAUUAUUGUUUUAUAGCUAAUCAUCAAUCCCUUUUCCCUUUACUGACCUAUUCACAGUUCUUCAGUGGCGUUCACCUAAUGUUCAAAAUCAUAAUUUUCUGGGAUUGAAAAAAAACCUAUUUGAUGUGUAAAAACUCGUUGUAGGUGUUACUAUUCUUCAACUUUUUAUUUAUACACUAAUAACCGUUCACUAUCUGUCACUAGAUUGUUUCAUAUACACCAUUCCCUUUUUCAGCAUUUAAAAAAAUAUUUAUCAUUUUGGGGAUUUUAAAGUUGUUAAUUGACUUACACUUCUGCCUAUUUUUACACUGAACAUUUCGCUAUAUUAUUCUUUGUGUUCCAAUGAAAUCAGGAUGUAUAUGCAUAUAGGCGUUUUGCUGUUUCGUUUAUAUCUUUUAGUGCCUUUUAGACUUUUGUUCUCACUGCCAUUUUAUUUAUACAUACAUACCUGUGUGCCUAGAUGUAAUUAUGCCUAAUAGAUCGAUGUUUCUUGUGUGUGUGUACUCAGUUAAUUAGAUAGUGAUUUGUACUGGAUGAUGAUUGAAGGUGAGGUGAAAAUCUGGACCUCGACCGGAUUCGAACCAGCGACCACCGGGUUACCGGCCCAGUGCUCUACCAACUGAGCUAUGAGGUCUGACUGUUGACCAGAGUUUUAUUUCACUUCAAUUCUUUCUCAUUCAUUAUGUGUACAGAUUAUUGAUGAUUAAAUUUUUAUGUUUUUUACUUACGUUCAUGAUUGUUACUUUAAGUAUUACAGUAUUUCUAUUUAUGUUGUUGCGCUUGUGAAAGGCUGUGCUUUCUGCUAAUGUUUUUUUUAAUUAGGAGGAAUUAUUAAAUAUCAUUUGAAUUUUUGUUAUCAGUUGUUUUAUAUUCGUAAAACCUUCCAAUUUUUUUAAAAAAAAGUUCUUAUUAUUUGUACACAGACUGUGAUAAGUUAAAAUAAUGCUCAUGCCUGUUAUAUAAUUAGUGUUUUGUGUAAAUAUUUUAUUAAUUGUUUCAUAUGUACACGUGUUGUUUUGUACAUCUUUGUGCUCACUCAUCUACUCUUGUCACACCACUAGGCUUUUUCUAGUCAUUGCUCAUCUAUCCAUCUGUUUGUUUUAGUUAAUCUGUUGGACUUCCGUGUCAUAACUAUCUCUCUCUAAUUUUCCAUUUGUACUAUAAGCACAACUAUUUUUUUUUCCGUAAUCGAUUGAUAUAUUGCUCCAUUUUCUCUCACUUUACAAUCACAUUGUAUACUUAUUCAAUAACUGUUGCAUUGUAUACUUAGUAUAGCUGUUCACCAAUGCUGUAUUCCAAUAAAAAUGAAUUAGAAAGUGGU